GUAAUUAUGCACCUGUUACUGCAGGAUCCUUCAAAUCAAGAAACAGCUCUGGAAGUGGGCGGGGCCAACGCAAAUCGCCCACGAAUGUCAUGAAGUGAUGUAGGGUGCGGUUUAAUCGUGCUGAGAGAGGAGACAGCCGAGGAGAACACUGGGAUAAAACAGACCUGCCAGCGUAUUCUUGAAAUCCUAAUUACUGCAGAACUGAAAAACAUCUUGUCACGUACUGAAGAUCAAAAUGUUAGACAAAACAAGCACCCAGUUCGGCUCCUUCCUGUUUUGGAGGCAGCCCAUCCCAUCACUGGACCUGUCGGAGUUGGAAGACCUCGGCAUUUCUAUGGCCAAGUCAAAGGACGGGAAGAACUCCUCAAAACGUCCAGCACAGGAGGAGGAAGAUUCGGAGUUUCUGAAGUACUCCACAUUUAACUACUGGAAGGAGCCCAUUGCUACCAUUGAGACCUUAGAUUUCAAUCUGCUGUUAUAAAACACUUUGAUCAUCAGUUCUGUCGUUAAACCACUGUGGUCACACCGAUUCUCCUUCUGAUAUUGAUGAAAUGAUUAUGAGAUUAAUGUAUCUUUAUUAUGCCUCAUUUGUUUAGCAAUGUCAGUACAACUGCGAAUACAUUGUUCUUACAUGUGCUACAACAUUUAUGGCAUUACUGAUCUCUUCAUUGCAGAUGACUAAAGACAACAUUACUAGUAUUUCACUGCCGGAUGUUAUGCAAGUUGUUUUAAGUGUUUGCAUCUCCAAAUUUGUAAAGAUGCACUUAAAUCUGAACAUGCUUUACGUAUUAAGUUAUUGUCUGCUUAAUCAGUUCAUGUUAAGGCAAGAUCUUGCUAAAAGGGUGUUGGAAUCUAACUGAAAGGUUUUUGUACUAAACAAAUGUCCAUAUGAAAUCAUGAUCAAAUGCUUUAUUGUUUGCCCUCAGAUGCCAAUUAAAUUAAGAUUGCUGCUAAAUUAAUAUUUAAAAAAA